AUGUCCAGAGAACAUGACCUACCACCCAUACCGGACCUGUCCCCGUCGAGUUCGAUUGCCACGUCUGCUCUGAGUCCAGUACCAGGGACGCCUGCUCUAAUCUAUACACCUCCAAGCGAAGAUCGAAUUCGAAGAGAGCUCGAAAUGCUGACUCUUCAGGACGGGGCAGACCCUUUGCUGACCCAUAGAUAUGGCGGAAGGAUCGAUUCAAACUUUGUAAUGCAAUUGGAGAGACAGACCGAUGCAGACAUUGACCCAACCUCGCCUUAUUAUCGACCAUAUCGACUGCGGCCCGAGCGGACGCAAUCGGACGUGGAAGACCGAAGUCAGCUGCGACGUCGAAAGAGCUUCGUCGAAUACUUUGGCCGGAGAUCGCCUGUUGACAAACUUCUCGAUCUAUAUCUCGAUGAUGAUAGGACUCCUGAAGGGCCGAAAGUCCCUGAUAUCAUCAACGACAGCCCCGAGAAGCAGCAGCCUAAGCGGAAACAGAUUGCCAGAAGAAUGACAAUGACCUUCCGAUCCUCACCCAAAGGUAGAACUCCGGAGGUUCCUCCACUUCCACCGCAGCUGCCAGCUGGCAUGACCUGA